AUGGAGGCUGGCAAGGAAGAGGAAGGAGCAGCACUCUUAGGUGCAUCCGAAAUGUCCGAAUUUCCUCGCCUGCGACCUUAUGCCGCCUUGGGCCUGCUGAGCAUAGUGGUGGUGGCUUCUGCAGGACUCCUACUUCCAAAGCGAGGACAGGCACCGGCUCUAUCCGAACCUUCUGCGAGGCUCUCGGAAGCGGCCGUGCAGACCGCCACGCCCGCCAAGUUCUGGCUGAUGUGCCCAGACGCCGAGUGCAUUUGGUUGGGCAAGCAGGGAAGUGAUUUCAUCUACAAGUACUAUUCGAGAAGUCCCUGGGACGUCUCCGGGAGCAUCGAUGAUACUGUCUCCCAUCUGGGUGCUGUACCCCAGGGCAUGUGGGACAAGAUACGGAACAAGUGGAUGCAAUCGCCACCGAUGUUCAAAGGAGCACACGUGACGAUGCAGGACCUCGCCAACUUCAUGCGUGCCACCCUGCAGAGGGAUCCUUUCUCUACUGGGGGUCAGAAGGUCCCUUGGAUUGAUCUCCGGGAAGGAGGAGCGGGGGGUCCGAUCCACAGCCAGCAGAAGGCAAUCAUUGUCAAUCACCGGCAGCUUGCGUUCCUCAUCAUAAACAGCUUGGUCGGCAAUAAGCUGCAGGGCGUGGAGACAGGCUUGGAUGCAGCCAUUGCGCGAUGCAACGACGUCAACGAUGCUCCAGGAGCGAGUCCGGACAUGCUGUACUCCCUUGUCGCCUACCUUGCGAUCCUCAGCCGCGAACUUGUCGGGGACCAGGACGGCACCUUUUUGGUCGGCACCACGCCAGGGCCUGUGAACAACCAAUGGCUUCAGGACCUCCCGGCUCGCACGAUGAAGCCUCCCACUCUGUGCAACCACGAGCGCCUGGGUGCAGGCACGUGUGGCUUGAGCGACUUCAUGGCAGCCGGGGUUCCCUUCCAGGCACUCACAGACAUUGCUGGCCAGGACGUGGGCGGAGGUGCGCAGUUGUGCCAUGUCGCCAAUAGCCAGGAUGAAUCCCUCGUCAUCUUCUACCCUGAGGUACUGGCGUUCUCGAUCUUCGUGGGGAACAACCGCAUGCUGCCUGUUCCCUUCAGCCUGCUCGGUGCUAGGAGGUAUCUGAACACCAUCUAUGGCGAGACGGGCAUGGGGCCUCCUUUCCAGAACCUCUGCGGGAAGGUUGAUGACGGGAGCCUGCUCAACGAGAACAUCCUCAUGCAGGACGUGAAGACGAAGGUUUCGCUCACACCGGUUGUCAUCAAGGCGUCUUCCUUCGUGGCCGUGGCCUCCUACUGCAGCGACUGCCACAGGGGCGAGUGCUCGGAGCCGGAUAUGUUCAACAACCUCUGCGACUCCCAACGGCGGCACCUCGACCAGGACAUUUCGUUGUGGCUGCAGGCCUACAACAAUGCCAACUACCACGAAGCCGUCUCUCAGACGUUCGCGGCUGUCGUCAAACGUAUCGGCACAGGCCCGUGGGGCGGCGGUCUUUGGCAAGGGGACUGCCAACAGUAUUUCUUGGCAGUUUGGCUUGCCACGAGUAUGCUGCCGGCGAUGGAGCUGGACUAUUACAUCUACGAUCACUUCUGUGAGAAUGCAGGUCACCAGUGCUUCGUUCUUGAGAAAGGGUUGUGCGAGAAGUGCAUCCAGCUGAGUGGCAUGUCGGCUGUCAUCGAUGCCUCACGCUGUGGCGAUGCUGGCGCAGCAGAAAUGGUACAGCGCAUGAACGGCCGACAGGCGCAGGACAUCUACUACCUGCUGCGGGAUAUCGGGCCACCGCCCACCCAGGCGAAUUCCGUCGUACUUGCAACUGUACUUGCAACCCUUCUUCGCUUUCAGGGGCACGGAAAACCCUGA